AUGGCGAAGAUAGCGUUUGGCACCACCCGAGAAGCUACCGACACCGGCUGCCUCAAGUCCCUCGUCGCCGAGUUCAUUUGCUCAUUCCUCUUCGUCUUCACCGGAGUCGGAGCUGCCAUGACUGCUGAUCGAAUGGUUGGGAGUCCCCUGUUGGGCUUGUUGGUCGUGGCUGUUGCUCAUGCAUUGGUGACGGCUGUGAUGAUCUCCGCCGGUUUAAGCAACUCUGCCGGUAACCUUAGCCCUGCCGUCACCCUCGGUCUUGUAGUGAGUGGUCACAUUACCGUAUUCCGAUCAAUCCUGUACUGGAUUGUUCAAUUGUUGGCAUCUUCUCUGGCUUGUAUUCUCCUCAAGUAUCUCACUGGAGGGUUGGAUAUUCCGGUACAGACACUUGGAAGUGGGGUGAGCCCCGUACAAGGAGUCAUAAUGGAGAUGGUUAUUACUUUCUCCUUGCUGUUCGUCGUCUACGCAACUAUCUUGGACCCAAAGAAGGGCUCUCUAGAUGGAUUGGGCCCCUUACUGAUUGGGCUUGUGGUUGGUGCCAACAUCUUGGCAGCUGCGCCUUUUUCUGGGGCUUCAAUGAACCCGGCUAGAUUUGUAAAGUCUAAAAUGUGGGAGAUGAGAAUUUCUAAUACAUCCAAAUUACCAGACCUAUUCUUAAUUAAUAAACCAUGGAAAUAUGGGAUUGUGAGGGACGAUGCAUCUGUAGCAGGGUAA